CCUGGGGCGGGAGCCUCCUGUCCCCUCCCCGCCGCCGCGGAUGCUCCGGCCUCUGCCUCCGCUCCCACCCGCGCUCUCUGCUCCAGCGAGGCAGCCGUUGUCCGUCCAGUCUUGUGGCCACAAUGGUCACUGUGGACCCCCCGCCCCCGCCCCUUGGAGAGCAGUGUUGGCCUGAGUCUUUGGUCCCCCGCAGGGCGGAGAGGUUCAGAAAGCAGCUACGUUUCCUUCCUUGGUUACUACGCUGAAGAUCUCUUCUUGAGCCCUCGCCCCUUCUUUCUAUGAGUGUUCCUCUCCCGAGGCUCAUUUUAAAAAACUAGGGAAUCCUCCGGGGUUUGGCUGAAAAUUGUUGCAUUAAAACACACCAAGUUUGUACGCUUCAGCGAAAUUGGGUGUCCGCCUGUCAGUUUGCACAUGUGUGCUUUGUGCCUUGGGAGUUGAGACAUUCCUGAAAGAUUUUAAUUUUGCCCAAGCGGUUUAGUACUACACAAAAAAUGCUCUCUGAGAAAUACACUAUCACAAGCCUGGCAGCCGCGGCGCUCUUCAAAUAGGGGGAGUUUGUUCCACUGUCACCUACUCCUUACCUUAGAGACUGCACUACCAGCAGUAGAGCCAAGCUGCCCUUUUGCAAAUUAUUUACCCUUGGGUCACACAAUUUUUGGAGCAAGUGGGCCACCUCUUUGGUUCAUGUAACACUUUAUAGCUUGAGAUUUUCAGCUUUUAAAUCUUAUUGGCAUAAAGUCAGAAAGAUUGGUAUAACCUUGAGCCAAUGUAGUAGUACUGGGAGGCUCGUUUUCCGUGAGAACAUUCUACUGCUAACAUCCACAGGCACCCCACCUCCCCCGAUAUUUCUCAUUUUUUUUCUUUAGGUGAAUACAUUUUAAGGUUUACAGGAUGAAUAGUAGUGUAAAUCACCACAUUUCUGAAGUGCAGGCAAAGGCAAGGAAAGAAAAACAUUUAAGAUCUGCUUGGCCAAUAAUAGCUUCAAAAUCAGCUAUUGAAAUAAUCAGUUCAAUCAAAGUGGUAAGGGGAAAACCAUCACAUAUUUAGGAAACAAAUUCUGGAUUUGACUCGUUUAUCCUUAUUCGAUUUAUUGAAAUUACCACAGAGUGAUUAGAAGGAUUAGAAACCUUCUUAGUCAUCAGCAUUAGCACUACCUGGAUACAGAUACCCGAUGAGGCAUUAGCUGGGUCAGCGUUUAUCCUUGCUCUGCUUCCUUUCUUUGUUGUAUUUCUGUUUUAUGAAAUUUCCUCUGGGUUGUAUUUUUUAGACUGGUGUCUUUUGCACAAUGAGUUUAGAUAAAUGUACUGUUUUGUUCCUAAUAUUUAUUUUAUAAUGGAUCUUAAGAAUUUUUUAAAAAUCUUAGUAUUCAAGAUCUAUUUUGGGAUAUCGAGUUUGUAUUUUAUAAAUAAUUGAAAUUAUGUCAAACAUAAAUUUAUUUUUCCACUCUUCCAGGCUGAGUAGGUACUAGGGAUACAGAAAUAAAUGUCAUAGCUCUUGUCUUCAAAUAAUUUAGUAUCUAAUGUACAAAAUGUUAGUCACAUUACAGUAAAGUAACAAUUAUAAUAUUAUGUAGUCAGUGGGAAUAGAGAUAUGCCUAGUGUAGUAGGAGAGUUUAGAGUAGAAGAUGGUUAACUUGCCUUGAGUGUGGGUGGAGUUCGCAGCACACAGCCAGGUUGAGAAGGAUGAUAUAAUUUUGCCAACUGCAGGAGGUAGGUAACUUCUCAAGAGGAGGAUAUAAUAAAUGAGGAAGCAAGGAGGCCUGAGAAACUGUGGCAAUUUAAAUAAGUCAUUGACAAUGACAAGUCAGUGUCAAUAGACAUUGACAGUUGACAAAGUCAAUAACAUUGACAUUGAUAUGGCUUGAAUGCAGGGGUCAGUAGGGAAAUGCUGCCAGAUGAAGACAGUGAGGGUGGUAGAGGGCCAGAUCAGGAGAUGAUAUCUUUAGCUAAAGGGAUUGGAUUGAAGGUGAUAGAUGAGAAGGCAUUUAUUGGAUUUGUAUUUUAGACCUUUGCUGUGGCAGAGUGAGGGAGAAACUGACAAGUUUUAAUCACCUAUGAGAGGAAAGGAGAACCCAGGACUCUGAGGGUUUGACUUGGGGUUCUGUUGAUUAGAAAUGAGGAACACAUAAAUGGAAGGAAGAUGAUAAAUUCUGUUUCGGCUGUUUUGAAUUUGAGGAAGCAGUGGAACUUCAGGUGAAGAUGUAGAUAGAUGUUUGUAUCUAUAGAUGUGAAAGUCAGGAUUAGAGAGAAGAUUGGGGGUUGAACUGAACCAUAUUGAUUUGGCUAUGUUGAAAUGACUCAGGGAAAGCCUUUAGCAUGAUGAGAGUGGCAACCAGAGAACAGAAUAAAUAGCAGAAGUAUGGAGAAUAAUAGUCUGAAAGAGGUAGAGGAAUAGUAGUUAGAAAGGCAGGUGGACCAUCAGGAAAGAUGCCAAAGAGAGAUUUUCAAAUGGAGGAGAACCAGGUUAACACCUUUGAAUGCUGUAGGGAGGUAUCAAAUUAGGAGAGGGCCCCAGUGACCACUUUGUCAGGAGUCCAUAGGUAACUUUAACAAGAACAGUUUAAACUGAGUGGUGGUUCAGGAACCGGUCUUCAGAAGAUUGAUAAAGAAUCAGUGUGAUAAAGUAGACAUGCUUGAGUGAGGCUUUUCAAGAAAACUGAAAUAAAGAAGGUAGAAAAUGAUAGCUAUAUUGAGCAAUGGUUCUUAACCUUGGCUAUUCAUUUACAAUAAUGUAAUAAUAGUUUACAAUAAUCUCAGUAGCUUUAAAUAAUUUUCUUUUGCAGAGGGAACCCUAUACCAAUUUGGUGGGGGUGGGGUUUGAACCCAGAUAUCAAUAUUUAUCUCAACAGCUUUUCUAUUGAAAUGUAAUUGACAUAUAAUACACUACAUAUAAAGUAUACAAUUUGAUAUAUGUUUAUACCUAUAAAAUCAUCACCAUAAUCAAAAUAAUAUUCAUCACCUCCAAAAGUUUCUUGUGUUCCUUUAUAAUCUUUUCCUCUUGUCCCCGGGAAACUACUAUUUACUUUCUGUAACUAUUGAUUACUUGCAUUGAUACUUUUUUUUAUAGUUCCUGAAGUAAUUCCAGUGUGCAGGCAUGGUUGAAAACCACUGCAGAGGUAUAUAGUUUGAAGGAAUGUUCUGUUUGUUUGUUUACAUGCAUAAGGAAAGUGAGAGUAGAGACAAGUAGGAAGAGAUUCUUAAGGAAUUCUGGAAAGAUGAGAUAAUUUUUGGAACUAAGACCCUGAGGAGAUAGAAGUGGAUGGAAUUCAGAGCUUUGACUAGUAAGAAAGGAAGACAUUUCUGGAAGCAACAUCUCUAAGAAUAUAAUGUUAAAGACUGUAUUAUUUCUUUGUUAUCGUCAUCAAAGUUGGCAUAUAGUAUCCUAAUUGGUUCCCUGAAAUACUUGAAGUAGAGAGCAUUUUAAUAUUGUGAAAAUAAAUGCCCCUCAGGAAAAUUCCUUAAAUGGAGCCUGAGAUCUCUGGCAUCAUCAUGUAACACUUUGUCGUUUUUUGGAGGGGGGCAGAUGGAAUUAGCAGUUUGACUAUUGCUUAUCGUUGAGAAUGAAGUCCUGCCAGAGUCUUUUUUGGCCUUCUCAGAGUUAGGCCGCGUAUCUGCACUAAGGAAAAAGAACAUUUAGCACUUGAAAAUCUCCUGUUUAAAGUAUCUUUGCUCAGAAGAAGUCUUGUUUGCUUGCGCUUUGGAUAUAUUCCUUAUAAAUACAUUAAAGAUAAAAUCAUUCCUCUGUCUCCUAAAUGAGACAGAAAAGAGAAGACAAGGAAUUCUCAAAGGCUCACAUUUUUUAUCUUGAGAAAGGUAAUAUCACCACCUGUUUUUUUUUUUGUUUUUUUUUUUAAUUCCUGGCUCAGGUUUUGCAUGUAGGUAAAAUCUGAGUCCUGCUGGUUCUGAAGUCCAGGGCUUCUUCCUCAGCCUUGACUCUUAGCUUUCCAAGGAGGUUGAAAACAGAAUAGUUUAUCCAAAUAUUAUUUGGCAUUGUAACUUGAUCAUAAAGACGAAGUGAAAAGUUUUAUCUGAUUGUCUUGUAUAGUUCUGAAAAUUUCUUUCAUUGUGAUUGAAGAAUUAAAGUAUGAUUCUUUCUAGAAAGGGAAAACAUCCCUAAUUUUGGUGCAGCCCAAGAGUGGAAAUAUCAAUGUUAGCAUGAUUUUGGAUAUUAUUGUUAUUAUAGUUACAGCCAUAUUGUAAACAUUCUUUAUUUUCUUAAUUACUAAUAUAAAGCAUAAUCAUCGUAGGAAAUUUGAAAAAUUCAGGAAAGCGUAAAUGGUAAAUAACACUUAUAAUGCUUCUACCCAGAGACACUUUUUUCUUUUGUGAAUUAUCUAUUAGUGUCCUUUGUCUAUUUUAAUAUUGGAGAUUUUUAAAAACUAAGUUAUAAGAGCCCUUUGUAUAUACAAACUAUUAAGCCUUUGUCAAAUUACGUUGUAGAUCAUUUCUCCAGUUUGUCAUUUUUUAUCUUAAUUUUCUUUUCGAUAUGAAUUUUCUUUUUAAACAGAUUGCUAACAUUUUAAUGUGCUUAAACGUAUCAAAUUUUUCUUUUAUGAUACCUCCCUACUUAGAAGGGCCUUGCAUUCCCGAAUUAUAUGAAUAUUCACCUGUAUUUCCUUAUAUUAAUUCCUCAGUUAAAAAAAAAUUUACAUCUUUCAUCUGUUUGCGAUGUAUUUUAACAUAGGGUGAUGGUUUAAUUAUUUUAAUGCUAUUUAUUGAACAGUUAUCUUUUUCAGAGGUUUUAAAUACAAAAUCAUGUGUAUAUCUAUAGAUAUGGAUACAUUACUUUUUCUAGGUUUUUCUAUUCAGUUUCACUGGGCUACUUUUUUUUUUUUUGCUUUAGUAAUUCCAAACUGUCCUAAUUAUUGUGAGUUUUUAAUGUACUUCGCUAAAUAGUUGUGUGAAUCCCUAUCAUUGUCUUUGUCAAAACAUUUUCACCAUUUCUCUUACAUUUCUUUAUUCAUGUUACAUUAAAUGCAGUUAAGAUCCUAAAAGAACCUCAUUGGAAUAUCUGACCUAAUUUUCUCAGGAGAGUUGUAAUAUCUCUAUUACUACAAUGUUAUCUUCUUUUAUUGAAGUCACCUUUUAUGACUCAAAGAUGUAGUGUUGAGUUUUCUUCACAUAUUUUAAAGUUUGUAGUUUUCUUCAUGUGAGUUCUGCCCAUUAUUAAGUGUUAUUUUUGAUAUUUUAAAACUUAUUGAUCCUAUUGGGGACAGAACUUUUUUCAUUAUUUUAUAAAGAAUAUUAGAUGUACCUGAUGGAACAUAGAAAGAUUGCUGAUUCUCAUAUGCUGUUUUCUAAUUGGUCAUCUUAUGAAACUUAAUUCUGAUGGUUUUUAUUGGGUUUUGUAGUAACUCAAUUAUAUAGCAUCUGUAAAUGAUGAUGAUUUUGUCUUCUUUCCAAAAUUUAAUUCUUGUUUCAUUUUCUUAGGACAUUGAUCAGAACUUCUAGAAUAAUGUUGAGUUAUAUUAUAGUGGUGAACAGUUGAAGGUUUAGAACAGAUGUGGAAAGAUGUUUACUUCAGAGAAAGGAGUUGUGGAGGAAUGGUUGUCAGAAUUUAAGACAUUACCAGAAACAUCUUUAUCAAAUUAUGCCACAAAUUUGAAAGACAAGAGUUCUUUAGUUUCAUCUCUCUAUAAAGUUAUCCAGGAGCCACAAAGUGAGUUGCUAGAACCUGUCUGUCACCAGCUGUUUGAAUUCUAUCGCAGUGGAGAGGAGCAGUUGCUUCGAUUUACACUGCAAUUUCUCCCAGAACUGAUUUGGUGCUAUCUUGCAGUCUCGGCCAGCAGAAAUGUGCAUAGCAGUGGAUGCAUUGAAGCUCUUCUUCUAGGGGUUUAUAAUUUGGAAAUAGUUGACAAACAGGGACAUAGCAAAGUAUUGAGUUUUACAAUUCCAUCUUUAUCCAAACCAUCUGUAUAUCAUGAACCUUCCAGCAUUGGGUCCAUGGCUCUGACCGAGAGUGCUCUAUCCCAGCACGGUUUGUCAAAAGUUGUGUACAGUGGACCUCAUCCUCAAAGGGAGAUGCUGACAGCACAGAAUAGGUUUGAAGUGUUGACAUUCCUUUUGUUGUGUUACAAUGCUGCCUUAACCUAUAUGCCCAGUGUUUCUCUUCAGUCACUGUGUCAAAUUUGUUCAAGAAUCUGUGUGUGUGGAUAUCCUCGACAACAUGUAAGAAAAUACAAAGGUAUAAGUAGUAGGAUACCAGUUUCUUCAGGAUUCAUGGUCCAAAUGUUAACAGGGAUUUAUUUUGCCUUUUAUAAUGGAGAAUGGGAUCUAGCUCAAAAAGCACUGGAUGAUAUUAUAUACAGAGCCCAGCUAGAAUUAUAUCCAGAGCCAUUGCUGGUUGCUAAUGCAAUAAAGGCUUCAUUGCCUCAUGGUCCCAUGAAAUCUAACAAGGAAGGUACAAGGUGUAUUCAAGUUGAAAUCACACCAACUUCCUCUAGAAUAUCAAGAAAUGCAGUAACCAGCAUGUCAAUAAGGGGUCAUAGGUGGAAAAGACACGGAAAUACAGAAUUAACAGGUCAAGAAGAACUGAUGGACAUAUCUGAAGUUGACGAGGGAUUUUAUUCCAGGGCUGCGUCUAGUACCAGCCAGUCGGGUUUAUCAAACAGUAGUCACAAUUGUAGUAAUAAGACAAGUAUAGGAAAAAACCAGAGACGGUCAGGAGGAAGCAAAACUGGAGGAAAAGAAAAAGAAACUACAGGGGAAUCUUGCAAAGAUCACUUUGCUCGAAAACAAACUCAGAGAGCCCAAAGUGAGAAUCUUGAGCUUCUCUCUUUGAAGAGACUUACUUUAACAACCAGCCAAUCCCUACCUAAGCCUAGUUGCCAUGGCUUGGCUAAGACUGCAGCGACUGUGUUUAGUAAAUCCUUUGAACAAGUCAGUGGUGUCACAGUCCCACAUAACCCGUCAUCUGCUGUUGGUUGUGGGACUGGGGCAGAUGCCAAUAGGUUUUCCGCUUGUAGUCUCCAAGAAGAAAAGCUUAUUUACGUUUCAGAAAGAACUGAACUUCCAAUGAAGCAUCAAUCAGGUCAGCAGAGACCUCCUAGUAUUAGCAUUACUCUGUCCACAGAUUAAUUAGUAACAUAUUUUCUCCCAUAAUCCAGUGAACCUGGAAAUACAACUUUGCUUCUUCAUGAAUGUGCCCUGGGUCUUUCAUCCAUAUUCCUGACAGAGGAGCCUGGUGUCUUAAAUUCGGAAGGCUCCCUUGACUUUAUGAAGGGAAUGUUGUCUAGGUUGAAAUACGGUUUUAUUUCUUGAUUACAAUUUUUUCCCCUUGGCUUGAGUCUUUUUUUUUCCUUCUUGUUACUGUUGCCCUAAGAUUGUCAGUGACAAUAAUUUUGACAGGUUUUCUGAUCAAGUUGGUUAUAUCUCAUGUGAGGUUGUAAGGUGGGUUUUUUUGUUUGUUUGUUUGUGUGUGUGUGUGUUUUUUUUAAAAAAUAGCUCCUAUUUUGGUGGUUGUGUGUUUGGCCUUCAGAGUCAAAGGGAGUCUCCAUGUAUGGGAACUUUUAUAGAGGAUGGGGCAGAGGCACAACUCCAGGAAUUCUGCAGCUCCUGGUCAGGAAGCCAAUCUGAAAAACAGGCAUGUGGAAAAACGAAAACGAUGUGCAUGAAAAGCACCUGAUGAAAAUGUUUGUAACCAGAUCAUCUUUAAGAUUAGAACAGUUUGUUCAAAGCACUGGAAAAUGCCUGGUAACCCAGUUCUUAGAAUAUUAUAUGAGGUAGAGACAUUUCUGUUAUCUUUGAAACAUUUUUAUAUCAAAAAUCAGAUUGCUGGUAGGUGUGUUGUUUUGAAGUGUUUGAUCUGGAUUUAGCAGGUGAAGAUCCCUUUCAGUUCUUAAGGUAUAAUAGGCGGUAAAGCUGAUUUGCCCUACCGCUCAACUUUGGAAAUCCUAGUUAGUUUGGACUCCUAUAAUUCAGAGCAUACAUCAUUGAAGACUUCCUGGAAAUCAUUGUAAAUCUUGCAACACAGCUCUCAAGAUACCAGUAUCAACUGUAUAAUAUGGAAUUGUUUGUCUGCAAAUGAAGGAAAUUAGAUACAUCUUUCAUCUAUAAAAUGUCAUGAAAGAAAAUAAAGUUUGUGAACUAUGGACAAAGGACAUUUAUUUAUUGACUAGGGUUGUUUCUGUUUGUGUUCUUAAAUUUAAAAUAUGAAAAAAAAUGAAAUGUGUUUCUUGUUUGUGAACAGGCCUAUCUUAAAUAUCUUAGUGUGAUAUCAAAAGAGUAAUCAGUUUAGUUACCUCCCAACUAAAAAAUAAAAAUAAAGGCGAUAUGGCCGAAGUUAAAACAAACUUGUAUGUAUCUGUAGGUGACCUUUGAUGGACAUAAACAUUUGGUGUUUGCUAGCGGUAGUCCUUUUGCCUAUGGUUGCGGUUCCCUUGUAAAGCAAGUGUACUUAAGUCAUCAUUCAGAAUGAGAGAGGGGAAGCAGGGCUGAGGCUGAGUCAGUUGACUGUUGAGGAAGGCCUAAGGAGCUGUCCAGUUCUUGGCUCUUUCACUGUCAGUACACAGCGAUUUUCUUCUUCAUAGUGCCUUGCUGUGGUCACCAAUAGAGCAUGCUAGUGUUUCCUCUUGUACCUGCUUAUGCAGAGCUCAGAUAUGUGAAAAAUUUGUAUGUUUGGAAGGCUGCCAGAGCAUUUAUUUUCAACAUAGUUUUGACUGCAACUGCUUUGGCUACCAUUUUAAACUAAAUUCUUCAAAAAGUAUGAGCUAGUUUUCAUUCAUUAGCCCUGAUUACAAUGUGGUUUUCGGCAUAAAUGAAUUUGAUUUUUUUUCUUAGCUCCAGUAACAGAAUGGAAUAAGAUCUAUUGGCAUAAAUUGUAGUUAAGAACUAUAAGGCAGUCAGGCAGUGAAACUUGGUAUUAACUUAAUAGGAAUCCUGCAUACAAAUUAUAAUAUUUGUAAAAUGUCACUGUGAGUUUACUAAUGUCUUUUUGUCACUUUAACAAUGAAUUUCCCCUGUGCAUAGUUAUUAAUAGUAUUGGUAUUAUUAAAAAUGAAUUUGUAAGAUUGGCAUUUUAAGCAAGUUGAGGUGCUUAGGAAACAUUGCAGAAUAAGUUUGAGGAAAUGUUAGCUGACACAGCUGAGAGAUCAGAUGUUAAUGUUCUACCACUGUAAUGGAACCUUAUUUGGGUAUUCUUCUAGACCUUUGCUGGUUGUGUGGUCUGAGGACCAGUAAGUAGGAUUGGCAUAAUCUGAUGUCUUGUUAAAAAUGCAGAAUUUUAGUGUCACUCUAAGUCUACUAAAUCAGAAUUUGCAUUUUUAACAAGGUCUCCAAGUGAAUUUUAUGAAAAGAAAGUGUUAGAGUGCAAACAAAUUAUUUAUCUAAAAUGUUGAAUUCCCAGUGGUCUCACAGCCCUAGAUCAAAUGUGUCAGACCCUAGAUCAUUAUAAUCUUAAUGGUUUUGACAGCUAAUUAAUAAAUUUAAUAUUUGACAUAUGGCUUCUUAAGUCUUUGAAUUCUAAAUUGCAAAUGAUCCUGAAUUUUACAAUAAAAAAUGUAACGCUUUAUAUUUUUCUUGUUAACCAUAAAUGGAAUCAGAGCUGUAAAUGCCUGAAAUUUGAAGUAUGAAAAGGGGUGCCACCCAUUUAUAAACAGCACAACAAAUUUGCAUUUGUAUAUUCUUUUAAAAAAAUAUCUGAAGGCUUACUCAGUAAAAUGGUUCUGAAUUUUUGCUUCAAAUGAUUUGCACUAACUGAUUUUCUGGGGUGUGAAGUUAUGUUAACAACAAAAUUCUUUUAUAGUUCCUUUGAUACUAUUUCAAAUAAGGAUUACUCAUUGAAAGUUUUUAUAGAAAUUAUGAAAAUUGGAUAAUCUUAACUGUGGUAACAAUUACUAUUAUCCAUAUUACUAUCUCACCACUCAUCUUUCAAAUUUAAAAGUUGGGGUAGCUUUCGUAGGUCACUUUCUUAUAAAGAUGCUGAUAGUCAUAGAUCUCCUAAGUCUCCAGAAUAAUAUUUUUAUCAUGAGAAGGAUUCCACACAAAAUUGGGAUAUUGUACCUCAUAGUUCAGAGGAUCUGAACAGAAAUUGUGGCUCCAUUGCACAUUUUAAGUCUCUUGAAAUCGCCCAACCUCUCACUUUUGAAAACCCAAUGGCCUGGGGUGUUCUGGUGGCAUUGGAGCCAGCACUAGCUUUUUGGAAUCCAAAUGGGGAGAGAACGUAGACUUUUCAAGGGACUGCCCUAGAGUACCCAGGGCAAAUGCUUCCUUUCCCUUCCUAAAGCCACAGGAAAGCACCCUAGAGUCCUUUGUAUACCACUAUGGAAAUUUUAAAGGCAAGCUCUCUAGACUUGAAGAGUUGGAAUUCUCAGCAUUUAAAUGAUGACUUAAAUUUGUUUUGAAAAAGCAGUAUUUCAUUGCCCUUUUCAAUUGUGAAGCAACUGCUUGGCAAAUAUUACUCAGUUUUUUUAAAAAAGUUGAAUUAAAGGGAAAUAUAUUUACAAAACCAAAAUAGAUCAAAAUGAUCCCAAUUUUAAGGGAUUUUGCCUAUUUUGGAAGAAUAAAACUAAAAUGUUAAAACUGUUGAAUUAUGGAGAAGAGAUGUACUCUGAGACAUAAUUUUAAAUAAAUGUUUAAAAUAAGGCAGGUUAGCAUUUGCAUCUAGGUACAAUAAAUCUAUAUUAAAGGGAAGCACAUCAAGGAAAUACGUAUGUUGAAUAAUGUAACUGAAAAAUAUUUUUAAAAAACCACUUAAAAAUAAUUUGAUAGGUACUUUAAGCAUUGUAGAUACAAAUUAAUGUAUAAUAGUGUCUUCCCAGCCUUUGUAUGAAAAAUUAAAACUUUCUAGUCCUUUAAUGAGCAUGAAUUUAUACUUCUAGAUUUGUUGCUUAGUAAAAUUAUACACAGUACUUUGAGUUAUUCAGAUUUAUGUUUAAUAUUAUUAAAUUCAUCAGAGAACAUAAAUAUAUUGUCUUCUAUACUUUGUAACUUGUGGAUAUCUAAAGAAACUAGCAAUGAACAUUUUGGAAGAUGUUUUAUGUUUUUUAUAGUAGAGUUUUAGAGUACAUGUGUGUUAAUAGGAAGUUUUUACCAUAAACUCAAGAUUCUAUUUCAUGUAUUGCUGCUUUCUCUUCUAUGGAACUUACUGUGUGCCUCUUACUUUAUUUCUAAUCAUGUAGUGAUACUAAUCUUUUCAUAGUAAAUAUACUUGUUUCUAAUUGUAUUCCUAGAGUUUACAUUCCUAAAGAAUAAACUAUGACUUUGGAUAUUUUUAUGUGUUCCCUACCUUCUUAAGGCUAUGGAAAUAAACUGGAAUUUAGUUUUUUGAUUUUUUUGUAUAUUUGUGCAAAUGUUCUCCAUAUGCAGUACUUUAUACAAGUGUUGCCGCUUUUAUUGAAAUAAAAACUGAAAAAAA